AUGGGUACUGGAUUAUCUACUAUCAAUGGUCUUUUAUUUUCAAAAACAUCGAUUGUUGUUCAUGGUGAAACCUAUCGAAUAUUUAAUAUAAUUGGACAAGGUGGUGAAGCCACUGUAUAUCGAUGUAAAGACGUACAGGGAAAUCAAUAUGCUGUGAAAAUUUUUUAUUUUUCCCGAUAUCCUCCAUUUCAAAUUCGUGCUCGCAUUGAUGGAUUUAUGAAGGAAGGUCGUAUUCUAAGCUACUUAAGUGGACGAUCACCACAUUUUAUUCGUAUUGUUGAUUUUGAAUAUCGACCAAAUGAAAACAUUGGUUACAUGAUCAUGGAAUUAGGUGAUGGAAAUUUGAGACAAUAUUUACGAGGAGUACCAUUAAAUCCUAGUGUUCGUAAAAUGUACUGGCGACAGAUUGUUGGUAUUUUGACAGCACUUCAGGAUGCAAAAAUCGUACAUGCUGAUAUUAAGCCUGAAAAUAUGAUUCUAGUAAAUGGUUUGUUAAAAAUAACUGAUCUAAGUCUUGCUUUUGGAUUACCCUCUACGGGACAAGCUAUGCAAGUACCAAUGGUUCGUGGUACCCUAGAUUAUAUGGCACCUGAAGUUUUCGCAUAUCAAACAGGCUUCAAAUCAGAUAUAUGGUCAGCAGGUGUUAUUCUCUAUGAGAUGACUUAUGGUUAUCCUCCCUAUUUUGAUUUUAUCGAUCGAGAACAAAAAAUCUCUGCUAUUGCAAGAAUGACGCCUAUAAUUUAUCCUCCAGUCGACGAUCUUUUUCUACUUGAUAUUAUGCAAAAAUGCCUUGCAUUGAUUGCUGCUUUGAGACCAAGUGCAUAUAACUUACAGGAACAUCCAUAUACAGAUUUAGAAUUAAUCGUGCUCGUUAAAAUGUCGCGAACAAAUGUAUUUUCUCAUUUCGAAAAUGGAAAUCGAUAUCGUUUCGAUGACAAAUCAACUCCAUCGAAUAGAUUCAAUUUAGAAACAAUUUUUGAUUUUUCCAAUUUACAACCAAGAGUCCAAACUCAUCUUAAAAAUGUUUAUACUUGUGUAUUAGUUAGUGUCAUAUGUGCAACACUAGUGCCUUACUUACACGAAAGCGAACAUAUUUAUAUUUUUGGAGGUAUACUCGGUACGGGUACAUCAAUUAUGUUUCCACUGAGUUUAAUGAAUAUAUUUGGACGAUCACAACUUAUUUUUAAUUUUAAUUUUUCUUUUGGUUUAGUUAUUGUUUGUGGUUUAGUUAUUGUUUGUGGUUAUAUUUUACAUACCUUUCUUCUAUUUAUCGAUAUGGUCGAUUUGUUCGUUCGUAUUCUCAUAGUUUUACUUGAAAAUUCGCAAAGCAAAAUAAAAAGAGCAACAAUCGUUAAAAAGAAUACUUCAAGUUAUCAACGAAAUGCAACCACUCGAAUCAAUCAAAACACAAACACACGAACGCCUUAUGUUUUUCUCUGGUCGAUUAAAUAUCACAUUUGA